AUGUACAGUGUCAUCGCUUAUCCUAAACCGUUCGUUCAUUCCCUAUUUUUUUGUACUAUUAUCUUUUCAUUUAUACAUCAAUGCGUUCCAUUCUCCACAUCAUCAUAUAGGACUUUAUUGUAUGGCGAGAAGUUGAAGGGUUUUUUGACGAUUUCGCCAGCCGACGAGAAUGGUGAUACCUACAUAGUUAGUUUCGACAUUAAAGAGAAACCCAAUGAUACGCUGGUCUGGGCUGUACACACGUCGUCCGCUCCUUACGACAUGGCUGUAAUGACUGAUAAUUGUCGGCGGGUCAAAAAAAGCCCGCCGGUCGUGAAGAACAUGCCGGUCACCGAUUCCACUAUCAACGGCGACGGACUGGCAGGCAACACGUUGGUUGUUUCCGGUGAUAAUAGUGAGGUUCUCGCUUGCGCGACAGUUAUCAUACCUGGCAAACAGUUGAUGCACGCAUCGUUUCAUCAGGAACCAAUUGAAGGACACGUUCAUAUAAUACCAAUCAAGAACAAUGCGGUUCGUCUGGUGCCUGAUCUCAAAUACAUGUCAAAGUUUGAUUAUGUGGAGCCAGAGAAGAAAAUCAUGACUUGGGCAUUUGUGGAUUCUUGUGCAAAUCCAAAUGAAACAACAAAACAGACGGAUUAUAGUGAAGUUGGAGUUGAUUCAAGAGCUACUUUUGCAUUCACACUUCCGGAAAACUACACAGUGGAGGCGUUGGCAUUGUAUCGAGAAGACAAACUGUUUGCAUGUGCCGAUAUUGUAAAUGUGGAGCCAAGAACUCUGAAGUCUCUAGGCGUGACAUUUCGACAGAAUCAUUAUUUUGAGCCGGUGAUUGGACUGAGACACCCGCCAAAGGAGCUACACAUCCGAGAUGAUUGUUUGGACAUUUCCACUGAAAUUAUACAUAAGAAUUAUUUGAAUUACUAUCCAUCUGUCAACAUUUUUGGGUCGGAAUCCAUUAUGUUGAAGAGUCUCGUACUGAAUACUUCGUGUAGUGCUCUGCGGCCACAGUUCGCUCGCCCAGCUGCAAUUGCAACAUUCCUACACCCGAUCAUUGGAAGAAUUGCUUUGGUUGACACGGACGACAAAAUUCUGUUGACUGGAGAGAUUCGCAACAUUUUCGAUGAGAUGUCGACAAGAGCAACUGUUCUGGUGUCCAACAAAACCGCCGAAUCCACGUCAUGUACACAUACAACUUGCGAUUAUUGUCAUCGCGUCGAGAAUGCAGCUGUGGUGGUUGGAAAAAACGAAAAAGCCGUAACCUUAACAGGUGUCUUCAAUUGGUUCAAUAUCUCUGAUAUGCGAUCAGCCAUCAUUGAUUUGGAAUGGAUGAAAGUUUGCGCGAACCUGACUGUCCUACCAUCUGGAGCACUGACGAUGCAUGCAAUGGUCAAGCGAGUAGCACCAUUCUCAUCGGCUACUGUAGCCUCUGUGGUCGCUCUGGAGUACCCUGCCAACAACUACACCGAGAUUCUGAUCAAUAAAAAGCAAGCAUUUUCUGAUGUUCAAGCGCAUUUCCGACCACUCGAUCGUAGCAUCACAAGUGGUCCUCCCUGUGGAGAUCAAAACCUUGGAGGGGUCACUAAAGUGUCAUGGAUCGGUGACUUGAAGAAAAAUCUGAUGAGCAAUGAAAGUGAUUCUAGUGUGAUUUUUGAUGAGAAGUUUGUGACUGGAGCGACUAGUAUGCUGGGUACUUCGAUUUUGCUGAAAGAUGGGAAGGAAGUAUUUUGUGGACAUUUCGAGCCGCCUUGUGAGAGAUCCGUGGCGUUCGCGGAAAUCGGACAUCCAUUCGAUGGAUAUAUCAAAAUGACACAGUAUGUGAAUUCAAAUUGGGAAUCUGGAUUCCCAACAGAAAUUUAUUAUUCUCUGAAGUACAGUAAUCAAACCGAUCCUACAGUGAAUCCGCUCAGUAAAACAUACCGAAAUGGUUCCAAUAAUCCGAUAACAAUUUUUUUUGAAUCCGUGUCGUGGGAAAUCGUGAGUGACCAAAACCUGACGUGUAAUACUGCUCUUGUCUUCAAUCCAUUACAAGUUGAUGAAUCCGAGUGCUCCAGCCAGAGAUAUGAGUUUUGCCCAAUCGGAAGUGCUGCGAACCGCUCGAAACCGCUUCUAAUGCAUGCUCGCUGGCAUUUAACUGCGCAUAGUUUCCCGCUUUCCGGUCCCUACUCAGUGGUUGGCAAGACACUUCGACUACGGUCAAUCAGGAAUCCCGAUCAAAUUGGUUGCUAUCCAGUGAAGAAAGUUUCAGAGGCAACAUUCAGAUGGGUGGUUUACACAAAUACCUCGCUCUCCAUUGUUCAGCAAAGGAUUUCCAAAAAGACCAAAGUACCAGUUUUCAAGAUAGAAGUUGAUUACACACGAGAGCUCUAUCAAACAAGGUGUACCAUUUUCCGAAUCACCAUUUUAGGUAGGUGUUGGUUUUUUUUAAAUUCUGCAAGAAGAGUUUGUUUUCCAGAGGAGGAUGAAAAACUGGAGCAAAUCCUGGAUUCCUUCGACGUUGAAGCCCGGAAAUUCAAAAACGAUACUGAAUUGAUGUGUAGUGGCACCCAACCCCUGUCAGCUGAAGCCAACGAUGCAAUAUCACAAAAUAUUAUCACCUCCUCCUCCUCUUCAUUAUUAUACUCAAUUCCCUCGUCCAAACUUUUACUCGUUUUAGCCGCGGCGGCUUUCCAUUUUCUCUAA